GAUGAUGCUCUUUUGUAAGAGACAGGUGGCUACUGGAGAUACAGGGGAGAGCGGCUGAGGACAGAGACGGGAGGAGGGAGCAACAGACGAGAGAAGUUGUGAGAGAUACUUUGGACUCAUGAUGGACAGAUGAACCGUAACACGGGCAAGAUGAAGAAACGUGUGCGUAUGCACACACGUUCACACACAUAAACCCACACAGACUCUGCAGAUGCUUUUGAAAAGCAUCAGGAGGAUGCAUGGCUUUUACUUUGGAGGACGGUGGAGAUGGACACAUUGUUUCCUCCUUGUUGUCUGGCUCACAUUGACGACAGCCUCUCCACCUGAAGAACUUGGCCAUUUCAUGGGAGACACUAAGGCAGUGUUGAAUGGCUGUGAAGACCACUGGACCCUGCAGGACACGGCCACCAUGCCCCCGCUCACUCAGAUGACUUUGUGUGUUGACAUCCGUGUGGUGGUCCCUGGAGCCUGGGUGGCCUUCUCUUACAAGUUGGGCCACGCACCCAGACCUGUCCUGGCACUGGAGGGGGAUGAGGAGGUGCUGUAUGUGUGGCUGCUAAAGGUCCGUCACAGAUUUCCUGUACGGCUGUCCCCAACACACUGGCACAGGGUGUGUCUGAGGAGAGACAUGUGGCAAAACUCUUUCAGCCUGGAGGUUGAUGGGGAAAUGGUGGCAGAGAGGAUCGUCAUCGCUAACGCCAUCCCCAACAAGGGUUCCCUCUGGCUGGGCUGCCGUCCCAGACACCAGCCGGCAGGUGCCGUGACCGCGGAGGUGGAGCUGUACCUGUUCCGCAUGUGGGCAGAUGUGCGCGACCAUGGGCCCUGUGAGGAUGGCACUGUGAUUGGCUGGAACUCUCAGUAUUGGGGCGUGACCAGUCCCAGGGCCAGUCAGAGAGACCCCAGCCUUCUGUGUGACCACAGACAGUUGAGACGUGGAGCACGUACUCACAGAAGCAUAACUGAUGUGUUCAGACCUGGAUUUGGACGGUCAUUCACGCCUCUGCCUGGUGAGCAGCUGUUUGACACACGCUUCCUUCCAAUUCUAACUUAA